AUGCCUUGGUCAAAGGCUGCCGAUAUAAAAAAGCUCCAUAGCAUCUACCCCGGUCCAACCACGGCAAUUCUCGCUGGCCGUAAUGGAGCCGUCUAUUACAUCCAUACCGCUGAUCUAGCGUCGUCUAAUUCAAAGCUAAUACGUUGCCAAUUUAUAAUGGAGAGCCCAGGAGCCUCACAGGCAGCGAUCGACUGGAGAGGUUAUGAGGAGGUAGUCAUUGAGCGUGUGCUCGAAUAUCUCUCGACCCGCGACUAUCCUGUAUUACAGGGCGACGGUCAAUACUGUUACACAGGGACAGUAGGACCGGAACAAGCUGCCUGGGAAGAGCGCACUGGCAUCAAGGGACAUUCUUGGAUGAGAUCCAAUCAUGCUUACGGGACGUAUCAAGCAAUGCGUGAUGCGGCUUUAAUGGGCGGAAACGUUGGGGCUGAGAUGAUGUACCAGGCCAAAAUGUUCUUUUUUGGAAAUCGCUAUGAAGAGACCUCGCUCGAAUGCGUAGCAUUGUCACGUGUCUUAGUUGCGUUUCAAGUACUUAUUGACUUAAAGCAACCAAUGUUUCCUUAUUUGGGACAUGUAAUUCAUUUAAUUUACUCGGCACCACUUAUAAACGAGUUUGGUAAAGAUGUUAUUUCUAAUCUUGUUGGGAGAAACCUGGUAGAGAUUUCCGAGAAAGAGCUUGAUUUACUUCUUUGUAAAGGGGAUGAAUUUGCAAUGGAUGUCACAAAUGCUGUGUCUAGAAGGGUUGAUGAACAAAACGAGAAAAUCGAGAAAGAGAUUGCUUUGAAGGCGGCUCUUCUCGGCAAGAUUAAAAAAUUAAGGGGGUUGGGUUCAAAAAAAUAA